AAAAACAACAAAACAAUGACAUUAUUUAAGGUAAUCAUCUGGAUAUUAAUUCUGAAAUACCAUCCUUCGAAAGGAUUUCCGCCGGAUGCCUUGACUGGGAGUGCAUAUUACACUAAACAUCAUGCAGACAUAACAGAUUUUGCCAUUAGAAUUGCUGUCGGUAGAUUUAUAACGGAAAACAACCUGACAGUGAUAGAUGAUGACACUGAUGUGAUCAACAUAGUCAGCAAUUUUUUCGGGGAUGAUUCAGAUGGAUAUGAAAAGUUUGUUGAAAAGCAAAAGGAAAUAGUAGAAAAUGUCCAAAACCAGGAAAAGUCGAAGGAAGCUCAUAUACACUGCAAUUCAGAACAAAUUGAAUUGGCUCACAACCAUGUUAUAAAACUUAGAGGACAAAUAAAGGAACUUGCACAAAGUGCAGAACCAAAUAUUUCACUGAUUCGGGAAAUGAUUGGAAAGUGUAUCUACACAAUACAAGCUUUUUAUAGCGGAACUAACUGGGUUGAAAUGAAUGGUGAUGAAGUUUACAACGAUUUUGGUGUACCAAAUAAAACGUUAAUGGCUAUUGCUGGUGCGACGGUGGACACUUGCCAAGAUUGUGACAAUUCUGGCACAAAAGUGAAUUCAUGCAAGAAUAAUUUAUUGGUAAACGAUAUGUUAACGAGCGGAUAUCAGACGGGUCAGGAUGUCCAACCUCCUUAUAAAACUAGUGGUGAUAUCGGUAAAGGAAAAUGUGGAUUCGGAGGAAGUGAUGAUACAGAAAAUGGUGAUAGAACUGCAAAAGGCGGAAUAAACAAAGAUAGAUUAGACCCUAAGUACUCACCUCACCACCAUCUUCAUUACAAAGCAUUUUAUGCUGCAAGAAAGGCAACAGAGCUAUUUCUAAGAGAUGAAGAUAUAGGUAUCAUUAACGAGUUGAAUGUGGACACAUUUGCACAGAUUUUUGGCUUGGUCAAAAGAUACCAGGCGUCAUUUGGCUUUGUGAUAGACGACACCGGCUCUAUGGGACCUAUUAUUGCUCAAGUUCGGAAGGCAUGCAUCGAUUUUGUUACGAAUGUUUUGGGCACACCAAAUGCGCCAUCCAAUUACAUCUUAGUUACUUAUAACGACCCAGAGAGGCAUAGGCUUCGACUAAUGACCGAAAAUGGAGUUGACAUGAUAAGUGCACUUGAUAAUGUGACAGUUAAUGGAGGUGGUGACUGCCCAGAGUAUGCCAUGAGCGGAUUACAGAAAGGUAUUGAAAUGAGCAAAGAAAAAUCCACAAUUUUCUUCUUUACUGAUGCUCCAGCAAAAGACGCAUUAGAGAAUCAGACUGUUAUAGAUGCCGUUAACGAGAAAAAUAUUGAUCUGAAACUUUUUCUGCAGGACUAUAUGUGUUCUCGUCGAAGAAAGAGGGAAUCUGGUGGUCGAAAGAAGCGUGAUGUUGGAUCAGAUGCAUAUUCUCUAGUGGCAGAGGGUACAGGAGGGACAGUUUACCGGUUUAAUACAGCGCAACUAGGUGAUAUCAUACGACAAAUCAGUGAGGAAAUCUUUCCAUCUGCAACAGCUAUUGUGGACAUGUUUAAGCUCUAUCCAGAGGACGGAGAUUUAGUGUUGUUUCCGGUCGAUAAUAUGUUGAACAAUGUUAAAAUUACAGUGACUGGUGCUUAUUCUGAAGAUGAUGUUGAUAUCAAAUCUCCAUUUGGAUCCAUAAUGAAAGCUGAGAAUACCAGUGUGCUUUUUGAAAGCCCAGAUAAAGUUGUUGUCACUGUUUUGAAUCCAACGGAUGGUAUAUACAAGGUAAAUAGAACUGGAAACAAUAAUUGGAGUGUUAAUAUUACAGCCCAAACUUCCGUAGAUUUUCACUAUGCAAUUACGGUAGAAGCAGAUGAUGGAAACUUAUAUAAAGUAUUAGGAAAUCCAAUUAUAGGCGAAAGAUAUACAUUAUUUUUCACUGUAUACAACCUACCUGUUGGAAUAAACGCAUCAUCCUUGCGUUUAAAAACGAGUAAUUCAACAACGAACUAUCUCAAUUUAGUACAGGUAACUGGGGACUUUGACUCGACAUUUUUUGUUUCAACAACUCUGACAUCAGACCAAUACGAAGUAAGUCUCUAUGGAACAGAUAGCAGUGGAAAUACCUGGAUGAGGACAUCUCCUUAUUUUAUAUCUCCAGCGACUAUAAGACUCACGUUGAAUUCCAUUACAGAUCUUUAUAAGAACACUGUUGGUAACGUAUCCUACACUGUAGAAAACAAAGGAUCAGAGAACGAAACAUUUGUUGUUGAUGUAACAGAUAACAGAGCAUUACUGACCGGCCAGACAAGUUUUACACCACUGAUAAGUAGCAACGGUUCUACGGGAAUAAUAUUUCAAAUAAAUGGAUCUAGUCUAUAUAAUACAGUGACGUACAAUAUUACAGUUCGAAAACAGGGAUCAGUGAAUAUACUUGUGCACGACAGUCAAACAAUAUAUAUUAGUCCAGAUAUUGCACCUACAUGUACUGUUGAAAAAUUAGUUGGAAAAUGUGAUGCAUUAGAUGCCACCUCAUGUUCAGGAGUUACAUGGAAUGGACAGGCCACGAUUACAUAUAUAACUGAGCUGUCGUCCAUUUCUGGAUCAACGGGAUGGAACUUCGAAAUUAGCAGUGUACAUUCAUCCCCGAUAAAUAUCAGUGCAAGCGGUGAUUGCUGCACGCCAUCAGCAUACCUUACAGUGACUGACAAAAACAGUAAUUUUGCCAGAUGCCAUUUCUAUCUCGGUAAUGUACUUCCUAUAGAGAACUCUAAGCAAUUGCUGUCAAGAUCGGAACAGAUUGCUAUAGGUGUUGUUGGUGGAAUUAUCGGCGGUUGUUUAUUUGCAACAUUGGUAACUGGAAUACUAAUAUAUCGAAAAGCUAUCAAACCAAAACUGGGUGCCAGUAAAAUCAACACUGUCAAAUCAAACAGUUAUCCACAUCAAGAGAAAUGUGAUUCAAAGGAACAAUUUAACAAUGUUACUGCUGAUUUGAAUUGAAUUUUACGAACAGUUCUUCAUUGCCUACAAGGUACAGCCUAUUGACCUAGUAGAAAUGGAAACACAGUAACACUCUGACAUGUUUUAUUGACGAAUGUGGUUUAAACAUAUUAUAAAUCACCGUAUAAUUUAUUGAACAUUGCAUUUGAUAGUAAACGUUUGAUAUUUGUAAGUUAAACUUUGUAAAUAUCUUUUCAGAAAACAUCUGUCUAAUAAUUGUGUAUAUAACACUUGAGACUAUAAAAGGGUUGCGAAAUUUGAAUUAAAUUAAUUUACAAAAUCAUACUUUUUAUUUUUGAGUAAUUUAGAAUAUUAAUUUUAGAAUUGAUUUUUGCAGAGUGUGUUACACUGUCAAAAACCAUUUAAACAUAUUAUCCUUUCCGUAAAAGCCCUAACCGUUACUCCCCCGUGUUAAAACUAAUUUUAGAAAACAAAAGAUUAUCAUAUAUUCAGAAUAAAUACACAAUUGUAUGUUCCAAUAUAUACGACAGGUCAAAACGUGGUCAUCAGUGAAAUAUUCAAAACAACUUUCAUUUCAAGAACUUUGCAGCUAUUCCAUUAAACGCAAGUUCUAAUGUAAGCAGUGUUGUCAAUUGUUUAUAUGGGUCCACUCAUACUUUCGUUUUUGUUUGAAAUGAAUUGUGUCAUAUAUUGUGCUUUGAUUAAAAUAUAUAUCAUUAUAACGUAUACUUAUCUAUAUCUUAAAUGUUAGUCAUUCCGAGUUUAUUGUAUACAUUUCAUAUAAACUAAAAUUUUACCAUUUGAAGCUUCAAAUAUACAAAUAAAUGCAUGGCUUAUGUUAAAAUUCGCACUUCGGCACCUAGUGAAGAUGUAUUAGAUUGAUGUCAAUUUGUUCCUGUGUAAUUUACGCAUAUUCCCCAUCUUUUUUACUGCUAAUUUAAAAAUAAUUUUUCGUUUGUACGCUUAAUUUUAAUACAGACUUUUGACUUGUUUACAUGAACUCUUUUUUGUAAUACUUUGUUUAGAAUUUAAAUACCAGCCCGCAAGAUUCCCUAAAUUUGAUUUGUAUAUAUGUAUAUAGUUUAAUGUUGGUGGGUCGGAUCAUUUUCCCAUCUUAAAUAAAUCCUUGUCAUGCAUUCAGUUUUGAUGAUGUAAGAUGAUGUAAUUUCGUAUUAGUUACAAAUUAAGAAUUCAUGAAUAAUAAAGGCAACAGUUGUAUACCGCUGUUCAAAAGAUCAAUGAAAGUGUAUAAUAGAAUCUUAAGAACUUGCCGUUCCGUCCAUCCUUGUCUUUCAUAAAAUUGUUUUAUGUGUAAAUUGCCAUGUGCGUGCGUUUAUUUAUCAUAACAUUUGAUUUGAAAACAUUAAAUGCUUAUCUUACAAUAGGAGUUGAAGGUUGUUUGCUACUCUGUUUCAAAAUAUCAAGCUUUUUAAAAGACUGUUAUAAAUUGAUAGUAUAUUAACAAAGGAAUUAAGAAAGCAGAAAUAAGUUAAGGGUCCGUGUGCUUGUUUUAAAGAUAUAAGCCAUUGAAAAUUAGGCUGGACAUGAUUCUUUGUAGAGUUUUCAUAACUUAAACAUUGGCUCCUUUUUACAAAAAACUAUGACAAAAUAACAAGUAUGUUAUAAGAUUUCCAAACUAUAUGUAAAUAUAUUUUGAAAAGGGGUUAUCGGACUGACUUUUUAAUGGCACCACAUGAAUAAAACCAGAGUAUUCCGAAUAUCUGGCAAAAUUCAAAAAGAAGAGAAAAGAACACACGUUAGUACAUCCUCAUUUCUCCUUUAGUUUGGUGUAAAUUAUAUACAUUUGUGUAUGUACAUGUAUUUAAGUAGGUGAGAGAUAUGUUUUCAUCAUGUUUUGAAAAUUAUUCAAUUGAUCUGUUAUAGGUAUAUGUAAUUUCGUAUUGAUUGUAAAUUACAAUAAAAUAUUAGUUAGAAACUUUUA